AUGGUAAGAAAUGUGGAGUUUCCAGGUGACAUUCAGAAUUUUGGAGACCUGCAGGGUGACACUGGAGGGGAAGGCUGGGCCAUUGUCAAAUUGUAUUGUAAGGCCAGGGAUUCAAAUAGGCAUCCCCGUUUGGAUUCCCGGGCUACUAAUGGAUUAAAAGAAGCUACUGUGAAGAUUGGGACAUCUCACCACCUUCAGGUGCCAGAUGAGUGUCUCCUGGUGACUUGGUUGAAUUGCCCUGAUGUGGCCACAUUUUCAGGCAGGGCCACCCAGGUUGGUUCGUGGAAUUGGGAACUUACCCAGUGUCUUGAGGCAUGGGGCUCAAAUGAGGUCCUGGUGGCACUAAGCAGUUCUAUGGAAGGGGAUGGAAACCACACCUCUGUGGACAGGUUUGUUCUCCUGGGACUUUCAGAUGAAAAAGAGCUGCAGCUCAUCCUCUUUCCAGUCUUCCUGGGGAUCUACAUUGUGACUCUGAUGUGGAACCUGGGUCUUAUCAUUCUCAUCAAGAUCCACUUCAACCUCCACACACCCAUGUACCUUUUUCUCAGUUCCCUAUCAUUUAUAGACAUCUGCUACUCUUCUUCCAUCAGCCCAAGGAUGCUCUCAGACUUCUUAUGUGAUGAGAAAACAAUUUCCUUCAUGGCCUGUGCCACUCAGUAUUUUGUCAUUGCCUGGAUGGGUAUGGCUGAGUGCUGCCUCUUGGCUGCCAUGGCCUACGACCGGUACAUCGCCAUAGGCAGCCCUCUGCAGUACUCAGCCAUCAUGGUCCCUGGCCGCUGUUGGAAGAUGAUUGCUUGGGCCUGUGCUAGUGGUUUUGUGAGUAGCUUAGUUCAUGUAGUCCCUUGUUUUCAUCUGUCCUACUGUGGGCCAAAUAUCAUUCAACAUUUCUUCUGUGAUAUACCUCAGGUUAUUUCUUUGUCUUGCUCCAAUCCCUUCAUGUGCCAAAUGAUUGUUUUUCUGGCAGCUGUUUUUGUGGGCUUGGGUUCUUUGCUUGUUAUCCUCUUAUCCUAUGGUUUCAUUGCAGCUUCCAUCCUGAAAAUAUCCUCAGUUAAAGGAAGUGCCAAGGCCUUCAACACGUGUGCCUCCCACCUGGCUGCUGUGAUACUGUACUAUGGCACAGCCCUCUCUGUGUACAUGCAUCCUGGCUCUGGCCACUCCAUGAAGCAUAAGGUGCUGUCCAUUUUCUAUCCCAUCUUUGUCCCCAUGUUAAACCCUCUGAUCUAUAGCCUGAGAAACAAGGAUAUCAAAGAGGCCCUCAAGAGGGUUAGAAAGAGGAAACACAUUUACCUUAGUAAGAAUAAAAUUUGGGCAUCUAUUAAUAAUAAUAUAAGGAAGAUGGAAGUAAGAAUAUGUUAG